AUGGCUUCAGAAUAUCAGAGGCCACGAAAUAUCGUGAUAGUCGGAGGAGGCAUUAUCGGGUGUACGACCGCAUACUUUCUCACUCGCCACCCCGCCUUCAACCCCGCCAUCCAUAAAAUUACUCUUCUGGAAGCGCAAUCCAUUGCUUCGGGCGCAUCAGGAAAAGCCGGUGGACUUCUUGCUCUUUGGGCGUAUCCGAACAAUAUUGUUGCUCUGUCGUAUAGGUUGCACGCUGAACUAGCUAAGGAACAUGAUGGCGCGAAAAGAUGGGGAUAUCGAGCUGUUCAUUGCGGCUCGGUGACAGCCAAAGGCAAGAUUAAAGCUCCAACACAAAAGAAUGCAGAGGCGACGACAGAUGUAGUGGAAGAAUGGAAAAAGUUACCAAAGACAAGCAUCAAGUCGAAGACGAUCGCUUCGGAGCUACCGGAUGAUUUGGACUGGCUCGAUUCGGAUUCAAUAAGAAGUUAUUCAGAGAUGGGAACACCUGCGACAACAGCACAAGUCCAUCCAUAUCUUUUCACAACCUCCAUCGCGGAACUUGCAGCCGAGAAAGGUGCGCAGAUAAUAAUGGGCGCCGUCACAGGUAUCGAUAAAUCGACUGAAGGUGUGAAGAGUGUUACAUAUGAAGAUAAGGCGACGAAGGAGGUGCACACAAUACCUGCGACAGAUGUGGUAGUCUCAGCGGGACCAUGGACCAACACUGUUCUUCCGGAAGCCCCAAUAGAAGCGUUACGAGCGCAUAGUGUAGUCAUCAAAGCUGAUGUUAGUCCGUACGCUGUUUUCACCGAUAUCGAACUGCCCAAAAACUACUCAGCGUCAAGGAAAGAUGUCAAGAAGAGGAAGCAUGGGAGAUCUGUCAACCCUGAGAUGUAUGCAAGACCAGAUGGUACUGUUUAUGCUUGCGGUGAGGGAGACAGUAUAAUUCCACUUCCUAGAUCUAGCGACCUCGUUGAAUGCGACGAAUCCCGAUGCGAUGACAUAUCCGACUAUCUCUCUCUCAUUUCUGAGAACUUGCGCAAUGGGGAAGUAGUUGCCAAACAAGCCUGUUACCUUCCUCUAGUUUCGAGCCCAGGUGAUCGAGGACCGAUAAUUGGAAAGACUGGCGUUCCUGGCUUGUUUAUUGCUGCGGGCCAUACAUGCUGGGGGAUUCAGAACAGUUGUGCGACUGGGAAAUUGAUGAGCGAAUUCAUUUUCGAUGGGAAAGCUAAGAGUGCGAAUAUUGAUAGCCUGGAUCCUAAGCAUGUUAUGAAUAUGGGAGUAUGA